ACUUAAACCAUUUAGUAUCAAUUGAGCGCUCGUUGUGAGAUCAUGGCUGCCGUCCGCUUAUUGCCGAUCGGUUCGUUGUUCUUCUUUGCGACAGCAGCACAACUGGUCCUCGGUGCUGUUGUUCCGUGUGACGAAUCGGCGGCACCCAGUGUUGGUAGUGUACCGAAAUGGCAACCCCGUAAUCCGGAGCAAACCCUGUAUGCGUACGUGCGCUGCCUGAACGAUUCGUCCGCUAGUGUUGAGAUGAAAACUCGCUGGGUUCGCUGGCAACCGGACGAUUCACCCGAAAGCCAGUGUUACGUAGAAUGUGUCAGCGAAGAGUUGCGGUUGUUUGACGUGAAGGAGCGCCGUUUUCGGCCGGAGAGGUUUAUCGAGCAAGCGGAAGCCUACUACAGUGCCGAUCCCGAUAAACUUCAAGCUUUGAAGCAGGAUGCUGAUCCAAUGCUAGCUGGAGAACUAGAGGAAGUUUCCUGUCAAUCAGUGUUCUAUAAAUAUGCUGAAUUUUACAGCAAACAUUCGGAAACUAUUCUUCGGAUGUUCCAUGGGCACUACAAGGACAUUGGAGUAACGUACGAACGACUUGGGGGCCAGGUGAAACAGAUUGGUCAAACUUUUGUGGAUUAUUGCGAGAAAUAUCUCCACCACAAAUGGGACAUUAACGAUAGUUGUCCAUCGGCUACGCUGCUGGACUGCAUUCUACGCGGUUUUCGGUGGAUCACCGAGGAAAAUGAACUAAAUGUCAACGAAGUUCGUCGUGACUAUAGCAUGGCAGGCUACGGAGGGGAUGCAGAUCUGUGUGAAUCAUCACCGGCUGACGCUCGGGAGCUGUAUCACUGCUUGCGUGAUAAAGGCGCCGAGAAGCUGGGCCAAGUGAUAAGGGAACGCAACCAGCGGACGGCACGCUACUUUGAUGUAGCGUCCCAGGAGGAACCGUGGAAGUCGGCGGUGGAGUUCGCAAACAAUCUCGUUUAGCGCGCGUUUGGAAUUCGUCAACAAUGACUUCACCGUGGAGGCAAGUCAAUCUGCUGAUGGCUAGAGUAGUACAUAGAAGCAUUGCAGAGAUGCAAUCGUCCGGAAGGUUUAACUUGAUUAUUGACUAUGCUGUAGUAAUGCUAUUUUUAUACAAAUUUUAUACGUUAAUUCUAUUGAGAAUCAAUUUGAUUGGAUAAUUGAAGUUCAAUGCAUGAAAUAGAUUGAUUUAACUUUA